AUGUGCUUGAUGAUCAUGAAACGUUCCAUUCCGAAAGCAUUUCGGGGCUCUAUUACUGAAAGUGGGAGUGCCAAGAAGUUCUUUGAAGAAAUUGAGCAAUACUUUGCCAAGAAUGAAAAAUCGGAGGCGAGUAACCUUUUGGCUAAACUUGUUUCCAUAAAGUAUAAGGGCAAAGGGAACAUAAGGGAGUACAUCAUUGAGAUGUCUCAUCUUGCAUCAAAACUCAAGUCGCUUAUGUUGGAGCUAUCUGAUGACUUGCUCGUGCACUUGAUUUUGAUCUCUCUUCCUGCGCACUUUGGGCAAUUCAAAAACAAGAAAAAGAAGAGAGCUAAGGAUGCUAUGGAAGGAACUUCUCAGCAGAAGAAGCAAAAGAAGCAGGAUAAGGAGUUUACCUGCUACUUCUGCAAGAAGUCGGGACACGAUACUUGGUGGGUAGAUUCUGGUGCUACUACUCACAUAAGUAUGUCCACGCAAGAUUUCCUGUGGAGUCGACCACCAAGUGAUUCAGAAAUAUUUAUCUUUGUGGGCAAUGGCAAUAAAGUUGCAGUAGAGGCUAUAGGGACUUUCAGAUUACAAUUAAAAACUAGUUCCUAUAACGAAAUACUACAAACAAGUUCACGUGGUACAAAGCGAAAAUUAAGUAAGAAUUCUGUCACUUUAUGGCACAAGCGUUUAGGUCAUAUCUCUAAGCAGAGAAUUCAGAGGCUUGUGUCGGAUGGAAUUCUUGAACCCCUAGAUUUAACAAACUUCCAAGUUUGUGUUGAGUGCAUCAAGGGGAAAAGAACAAACAUGAGAAAAUUAGGUAUCGAGAGAGCUACAGACGUUUUAGAACUAAUACAUACUGAUUUCUGUGGCCCAUUCCCUAUGGCUUCUUGGAAUGGACAACAAUACUUCAUUAUGUUCAUAGACGAUUACUCUAGAUUCGGUUACCUAUGUUUAAUACACGAGAAGUCUCAAUCCCUGGAUGUUUUCAAGUCUUUCAGAGCUGAAGUUGAACUUCAACUUGGAAAGAAAAUAAAGGCUAUCAAAUCUGAUCGUGUUGGUGAAUACUACGGAAGGUAUGAUGGAUCAGGAGAAUAA